GGGUCGGCGUGGCCGUGACGCGGCGCCGGGCGGCCGGGAGCGACGCCCCGCGCUCCGCCGGGGCUGCUGGGCUCCCGCGCGCCCUCGCGCUCCGCGCCGCCCGCCCGGGCGCAGGCAGGGCGCAGGCGGCGGCGGGCGGCAUGGAGAGCCUGCUGGAGAACCCGGUGCGCGCCGUGCUCUAUCUCAAGGAGCUCACGGCCAUCGUGCAGAACCAGCAGAGCCUCAUCCACACCCAGCGCCAGCGCAUCGACGAGCUGGAGCGGCGGCUGGACGAGCUCAGCGCCGAGAACCGCAGCCUGUGGGAGCAGCAGCAGCUGCUGCAAGCCCAGCCUCCGCCCGGGCUCGUGCCCCCGGCGCCCGCCCCGCGGCCCGCGACCCCCGAGCAGCUCCAGCACCACGGACAGCUCCCGGCCGCCGCGCCCCAGCCCGCGCCCGAGCCGCCGGCGCUCCAGCACCACGGACAGCUCGCGGCGCAGCCCCCGCCGGGCCCCAGCGGCCGGGCUCCGGCGCCCCAGUCGCCCCACCAGCACCCGGCGGCGCCCGGGCCCGCCGCGGAGAAGGAGAAGGAGCGUCCCCAGAGUUGUUGCGCUGCCGCUGCUGCGGGAACCCUCCUUCAGCACAAAUCCCCCGCCGCCCUCGGCAAGGGCGUCCUGAGCAGGAGACCCGAGAAUGAGACGGUGCUGCACCAGUUCUGCUGCCCCGCUGCCGACUGCUCCGACCUGGCCUCCCAAAGUGAUGGCUCCUGCGCCCAGGCCAGUGGGGGCACGGAGGACUCCGUGGUGGCAGCGGCGGCGGUGGCGGCCGGCAGACCCAGUGCCCAUGCCCCGAAGGCUCAAGCCCAGGAGCUGCAGGAGGAGGAGGAGCGGCCGGGGGCGGGGGGUGCGUCCCCGCGGGCCGGCCCCCACCGCGCGGCCUCCCCGGGCCAGCUGCAGCCUGGCCUGGCGACAGCGCUCUGCUACCACGCCCCCGCCGCCUCCGAUUACGAGCUCUCCCUUGACCUAAAGAAUAAACAGAUUGAAAUGCUAGAGCACAAGUACGGGGGCCACCUGGUGUCCCGGCGCGCCGCCUGCACCAUCCAAACCGCCUUCCGCCAGUACCAGCUCAGCAAGAACUUCGAGAAGAUCCGCAACUCGCUGCUGGAGAGCCGCCUGCCGCGGCGCAUCUCCCUGCGCAGGGUGCGCGCGCCCACGGCCGAGAGCCUGGCGGCCGAGAAGGCGCUGGCCGAGGGCUACGGGCUCCUGGGGCUGCCGCUGGCGCGCGCGCCCGCGCUGCCGCCGCCCUUCGCGGGCACGCUCACCGAGCUCGAGGACUCCUUCACCGAGCAGGUGCAGUCCCUGGCCAAGUCCAUCGACGACGCGCUCAGCACCUGGAGCCUCAAGACCAUGUGCUCGCUGCAGGAGGCCGGCGCCUACCCGCUGCACCCAGCCCUGCACGCGCGCGCGGGGCCCCCGGGCCUGGACGCCGGCCUGCGCGAGCCCGAGGGGGUCCGCGCGGGGCCCGGGCCCGACGGGGCGGCCGAGGCCACCCGCCUGCCGCCGGGCCACAGCGGCACCCUCAUGAUGGCCUUCCGGGACGUCACGGUGCAGAUCGCCAGCCAGAACAUCUCCGUCUCCUCGGCCACGGCGCUGUCCGUGGCUAACUGCCUGGGCACGCAGCCGACGGCGCCCGUCGCCGCCGAACCGGCCACCGCGGGCAGCAGAGGCCAGCAGGGCGAGGCCUCGGGGCAGGAGGCCAGCGCCGGCGAGGCCCUGGGCGCUGACCGGGCCGGGGCCGCUGCCGAGAAGGUGCUGGAGGAAGCUGAGGCCCUGGGGGCUGAGCAGGUGGAGGAGGAAGAGGAGGAGGAGGAGGAGCAGGAGGAGGAGGAGGUGGCGGCCGAGGCAGCCGCGGCCGGGGAGGCGGGGAAAGGGGCCGAGGCCGUGGAGCACUCGGAACAGCUCAGCAGCAGCAGCAGCGCGUGCACCCAAUUGGCCAAGUCAGGCUCCGAAGUCUCGGCCGCGGCGUCCAAGGAGGCGCUGCAGGCCAUGAUCCUCAGCCUGCCCCGCUACCACUGCGAGAACCCUGCCAGCUGCAAAUCGCCCACACUGUCCACAGACACGCUGCGGAAACGGCUCUACCGCAUUGGCCUCAACCUCUUCAACAUAAACCCGGACAAGGGCAUCCAAUUCCUGAUCUCACGUGGUUUUAUCCCUGACACCCCCAUCGGAGUGGCCCACUUCCUGCUCCAGCGGAAGGGUCUCAGUCGGCAGAUGAUUGGAGAGUUCCUGGGCAACAGCAAGAAACAGUUCAACCGCGAUGUGCUGGACUGCGUGGUGGACGAGAUGGACUUCUCCAGCAUGGAGCUGGAUGAGGCCCUGCGAAAGUUCCAGGCUCAUAUCCGAGUGCAGGGGGAGGCCCAGAAGGUGGAGCGGCUCAUCGAGGCCUUCAGUCAGCGCUACUGCAUGUGCAACCCUGAGGUGGUGCAACAGUUCCACAACCCUGACACCAUCUUCAUCCUCGCCUUCGCCAUCAUCCUCCUCAACACCGACAUGUACAGCCCCAACAUUAAGCCUGACCGGAAGAUGAUGCUGGAGGACUUUAUCCGGAACCUGAGAGGUGUGGAUGAUGGUGCCGACAUCCCCAGGGAGCUGGUGGUGGGCAUCUAUGAAAGGAUACAGCAGAAGGAACUCAAGUCCAACGAAGAUCAUGUCACCUAUGUCACCAAGGUGGAGAAGUCCAUCGUGGGCAUGAAGACAGUGCUGUCGGCGCCCCACCGCCGCCUGGUCUGCUGUAGCCGACUCUUCGAGGUGACAGAUGUGAACAAGCUGCAGAAGCAGGCUGCCCAUCAGCGGGAGGUGUUCCUCUUCAAUGACCUGCUGGUGAUUCUCAAGCUCUGCCCCAAGAAGAAGAGUUCCUCCACGUACACCUUCUGCAAGUCCGUCGGCCUGCUGGGCAUGCAGUUCCAGCUCUUCGAGAAUGAAUAUUAUUCUCACGGAAUCACCCUGGUGACCCCGCUGUCUGGCUCUGAGAAGAAGCAGGCGCUGCACUUCUGUGCCCUGGGCUCAGACGAGAUGCAGAAGUUUGUGGAGGAUCUGAAAGAGUCCAUUGCAGAGGUGACCGAGCUGGAGCAGAUCCGGAUAGAGUGGGAGCUGGAGAAGCAGCAGGGAGCAAAGACGCUCUCCUUCAAGUCUGGGGGACCCCAAGGGGACCCACAGUCCAAGCAGGGAUCGCCUACAGCCAAAAGGGAGGCCGCGCUGGGGGAGAAGCCCGUGGAGAGCACGGUGGAGGUGUCAAUUCACAACAGGCUUCAAACGGCCCAGCACAGCCCCGGGCUGGGGCCCGACCCGGGUGCCCCGAAGCCAGACCUGCAGCCUAGCCCCCUGAGGGAACAGCCCCCGCCGCCCCGGCUGCCACCGCCCACGCCCCCCGGGACCCUGGUGCAGUGCCAGCAGAUUGUCAAGGUCAUCGUGCUGGACAAGCCCUGCUUGGCCCGCAUGGAGCCCCUGCUGAGCCGGGCCCUGUCCUGCUACGCCGCCUCCUCGUCCUCCGACUCCUGCGGCUCUGCCUCCCUGGGGGGCCCGGGCUCCCCGGUCAAGGCCGGCCACCGGCCCCCACUGCCCCCGCCGCCCCCGCCCUACAACCACCCGCACCAGUUCUGCCCGCCCGGCUCCCUGCUGCACCGCCGCCGUCACUCCAGCGGCUCCCGGAGCCUGGUGUAGAC